CUUUUCUUCGAUUGCGACCACUUCCCUCUUCUAUCACCACUUUUUGCGUUAAAAUUGAUUUUUUAGUUUUUUUAUUUAGAAUAUAAUAGAUGAAAAACAUAUAAAUAAUAUUUUCAAAGUCACCUUUUUUUUUAAUGUUAUUUUAGCCUAAAGAGUUCAAAAUAUAUAAAAUUUUGAAAAAAGAUAAAGAAAAAAAUUUGUUGAGGGCAUAUCUGUCUAAGAGAAAAGAGGCAUAGUAAAGUAAGGCUGAAAGAUAAAUAAGAGUCACGUCACCAAACGUGUUGUUGGAUUUGACGUUCACUAUUCAUCUGGUUUUCAUGAAUGAAGACGAAGAAGAAGAAAAACACGAACCUCCUUUCCCCUCGUUACACUAGGAAACGCUCCCACACAAAGCGAAACCCAAAGGCCAAAUAAAAAGAAAACUAACCGUUAUGGCUUCAGAAGCAGUGCUUGAGCUAGGUCUAACCCUAGAGGAAUUCACGGAACUCGAAAGCACCAUCAACACGCACCACAAGUUCGCGCCAUCCCCCAAAAUCUGCACCUCCAUCAUAGCGCAACGUAUCGAGGCUCCCGCGCACACCGUCUGGCCCCUCAUUCGAAGCUUCGACAACCCGCAGAAGUACAAGCACUUCAUCAAGAGCUGCAACAUGCGCUCCGGCGACGGCGGCGUCGGCAGCAUCCGGGAGGUCACCGUCGUCUCCGGCCUCCCUGCCUCCACCAGCACCGAGCGCCUCGAGAUUCUCGACGACGUCAACCACCUGCUCAGCUUCCGCGUGGUCGGCGGCGAGCACAGGCUCCACAACUACCGCUCCGUCACGUCGGUGAACGAGUUCAACAAGGACGGUAAGGUUUACACCGUUGUGUUGGAAUCCUACGUCGUGGACAUUCCCGAAGGGAACACCGGCGUUGAUACCAAGAUGUUUGUGGACACCGUCGUGAAGCUUAACCUUCAGAAACUUGGGGAGGUUGCUAUGGCUACCAUUCUGCACUGAUCAAGUUUCAUCGAUAUCACUCUCACACUACGUACCUUCUUCACUUCAUUCCUACUACCUUAGUUACUAUAUAUUACUAUUAAUUGGUUAAUUGUUCCUGCAUGCUUUCUUUGCAA